AAGAAACAAGUAAAUCAGACCUUGAAUUCACAAAUGAAUCUGAGGAUUUGGUUGGAAGUGAAUUAACCUAUGAAGGGGAUUCUGACGAAAGUAGUGAUUCUGACUUCACACCUAAUCAACUUG